AUGGAUUCUGUGGUAAAAGAUGAGAAGAAACACGAUCAGCGUCUUGAAGAAACGAUGAAGAUAUUUGAAGAUGGAGGUGAUCAACGUUUUCAAACAACGAUCAAGAUCAAGAAGCGGCCACCACGAUGCCAUGAUGAUGACGACGAUGAUGAUGAUGAAGGGGGUGUGUUCAGGAGAAAAAGAAGCAGAGGUGAUCAGUGUCUCCAAAAAACGAUCAAGAUCAAGAAGCGGCCACCACGGUGCCAUGACGAUGACGACGAUGAUGAUGAUGAUGGGGGGUGUGUUCAGGAGAAAAAGAAGUUGAGGAUGAAGAAGAUGAUGGAUAAGGCAAGGUGCCCGUCUCCCCAUGCAACGCCAGAGCUCUCUGUCAUCCUCAGGAAUCAGAUCAGGGCUCUGGGGGGUUCUGAUAUCACUUUUGUAAUCCAGAAGCCUAUCUUCAAGACUGAUGUGAGUCCCGGUCACAACCGUCUGUCCAUACCGUUGAACCAGAUACAACAAAGUUUCCUCACACCUAAAGAGAGCGAGAGGUUGAACUCGGGAGGAAACGGAAAAAAAUGUGCAGAUAUGGAAGUGAUGUUGAUUGAGCCCUCCCUUCAUCGGGAAACCAUUAGUUUGAGCAAGUGGAACAUGAAGAAAGCUUCCAAAAAUUCUACCUCAAUGUAUGUGUUGGUGACUAAUUGGAAAUCGGUUACGGAAAUGAAUAGCAUGAAGGAAGAUGAAACGGUGCAGCUCUGGUCUUUUCGAAUCAAGUCCAAGUUGGGUUUCGCUCUUGUAAAGAGAAGACUACAAGAUGAUCCUAGGAAUCGUUCAUUAAGGGGCAUCAUGGAUAGCUGA